AUGGCCACCAAUCCUCUGAAUGGUUUUGAAUCACUGUUCCUGCAGAAUGAUAGAUCUGGAUUCUUGUCAAAACAUGCUAAAUUGAUGCCCAAUCUUCACUUCAACCUUCCACAGUCACCUACAAUAGACGCAUCAAAAAUGUUUGUGAGUGAGUCUACCACUGGCUUGCCUCAUCCAAUGAGUUGGAUAAUGAACCCACAACAAUUUUUGGCAGCUUUGACCGCUGUCAGAAACUCCAUUCCUGGUUCAAUUUCUCCAACGGUCCCAAAUAUUCCUCUACCCUCAUCAGUGCCGUCUGUGGCCGACCUGGCCAGAUUUACAAGUGGUGAUAUGCCUGAACGGUGGAAAAAUCGGACCAGUACGACUACGGUAGCCUUGACAAAUCAGUCAACUUCUCCGUCUUCUUCAUCAUCAUCAAUGUUGUCACCGAAUGCAACGAAGGUGUCACCUGGGGAUCAGAGCCUUCCAAGUUCUGUCCCAAUGAAUGGUACGACAAAACCACUCAAUCUGAAACACCGGACGCGCCCCAAAUUUCAGUUUAGCAGCCCUUCUAAAUUUUCGAAGGUGUCCCGGCACAUACCUGCCCGACCCUCCUCUGAACUACCCACAGACUAUUCAAAAUUACCUUCCGUUUUACAUGACUCAUCCACUGGUCCAGUACCACUCUCCUUUGCUCCGCAAGAAAUUAUACGAGUAUGCCAGACAUUUGAAGAAGCCGGUGAUAUUGAUCAUUUGAGCCGUUUUCUAUGGUCCUUACCGCUGCACGCUAGCCUCUGGGAGGUGCUCAACAGAAGCGAUGUGAUUCUAAGGGCCCGCGCUCUGGUUGCAUUUCAUACGGGUAAUUUCCGUGAACUGUACGCGAUUCUCGAAAGGCAUACUUUUCCAAAAUCGGUUCACGGAAAGCUACAGGCUUUAUGGCUUGAAGCGCACUAUCAAGAAGCGGAGAAACUUCGUGGUCGUCCUCUCGGUCCCGUGGAUAAGUACCGAGUUAGGAAGAAGUUUCCAAUGCCUCGAACCAUAUGGGACGGCGAGCAGAAAACCCAUUGUUUCAAAGAACGCACUCGUGGGUUACUCCGUGAGUGGUAUCUGCAAGAUCCUUACCCAAGUCCGGCGAAGAAGCGAGAACUGGCCACUGCCACAGGAUUGACACCAACACAGGUGGGGAAUUGGUUCAAAAACAGACGUCAGAGGGACCGUGCAGCCGCUGCGAAGAAUCAAAACUUAGACAACUCUGACAGUGAUGGUGUUGCCGAUAACUAUUUGAAUUCGGAAGACGAAAGAAGCCAAGUGACUGCCAAAAUGGAACCGGAUUCGAGCGAUGGACUAACAUGUGAUUACGACCGAUCCCGACGAGUGGUGACUGAAGAUCAGACCUCCCCAGAAGCUGACUGUUGCACUCCUCCUGCAUCCAGACAAAUAAAAAGACGUUUUUCAGAGAACAGUGACGAAUGGCUUGAUGUAGACGAUAUUGAUGUACCUGACAAGCACAUAAAGGUCACCGAGGAAGAAAUCAACCAAAGAGAUAGUCAAAAACAUGGUCGUUACGAGUUGCAGGAGUUUCCUACGGUCAGAAUUCAUAAUUCGAAAGAAGAUCAGUCCUCCAAAAAACCCAAGACGGAUCGGUCAUUCUUUCCAAUGCGAUGGUGCUUUUCAAACCCCGAAUCCACGUCCAAAGAGGACCGACUUCCUCGUGCAGAUGAACAGGACUUACCCUACGGUAGAUCAAGUUACUCCGAUAGGCCAGUGGCAGAGCAGUCAGCCAAGCUGGAAAUAACGUGUCCUGGUGCAGCUUCAGUUGGACAAGAGGAUAAUUCAGGUGCGGUUGUACACCGAAGCCCAUCUGAUCACACAUUCUUACCCGAACUAAACUAUACGCCAUUUCACUUGUUGCUGUCAAUGGCGUCCAAGCUCACUCAUGCGUCAAAUCUGGCUCUUCGGGAGAACACCAGUUUGGGGACAACCAGUUCAAACGCCAGUCAACCGAUUCUUGGCAAAACGCCUUCAUUCAGCAUCAAUGACCUAGGACUAUGCACCGAAUCACAAUCCCCUGUGAGUGCAGACAACGCCAUACCUAAAUUUACUAAUCACCAGGCAAUGUCGAUCACGCCGGAACUACAGAAUUUCUUCCUUAACACUUAUGAUAAGACAAGUUGCGCAUCAGCGGCCCCUUGUGACCUAACUCCAACUGAAACGAAUACGGAAUGGUGGCGGAGGAUGUCUGAGUGGUACACCUCAACAAUGCGUGUCGGUUUUAGUGGUGAUUCAAAGCUGAACCCACCGGCAAGCUAUUCUGAGCGCCACCCACUCAAUUCUAAUAGUUGCAUGCAGAAUUUUGCCUUUGAUUCCGAGCUGAACUUUCCGCCGUUCAGCGCUUCGACUGCGUCAAAGGACACCAUACCCAACUGUUUGUACCGGACAUUGGGACCUUUAGGUUUACCCCCAGACUUUCAACCGCAAUGGCAAAAAGUCGUUCGUACACUGUCGUCUCAACUAGAAGACACACCCAAUUCUACGGAUUCCGGCAUCGUUCAUCUUUGCAGUCCCAGUAGCUCACCAAAUAAACUGACCAGAACAACUCAGUCGUUCAACCAUUCAAUGAUGAAUUCCACAACUUCAUAA